CGCAACCGGCCCAGCUUCGACGCCAUCCUCUACUACUACCAGUCGGGGGGGCGCAUCCGCCGGCCCGUCAACGUCCCCAUCGACAUCUUCUCCGAGGAGAUCCGCUUCUACCAGCUCGGGGAGGAGGCCAUGGAGAAGUUCCGGGAGGACGAGGGUUUCAUUCGGGAGGAGCAGCGGCCGCUUCCCGACAAGGAGUUCCAGCGCCAAGUCUGGCUCCUCUUCGAGUACCCCGAGAGCUCCGGGCCGGCCCGAGGCAUUGCCAUCGUGUCUGUCCUGGUCAUCCUGAUCUCCAUUGUCAUCUUCUGUCUGGAGACCCUGCCUGAAUUCAGGGAUGACCACGACUAUGAGGGAACGGGGGGGACCUUUGGGACGGGUGCUGGUCCUCUUCCACCCGACGUCUUCACCAACUCCUCGUCCUCGGCCGCCUCCAUGGUGUCGUCCUUCACUGACCCUUUCUUUGUGGUGGAGACUUUGUGCAUCAUCUGGUUCUCCUUCGAGCUGCUGGUCCGCUUCUUUGCCUGCCCCAGCAAGGCCACCUUCUGCAAGAACAUCAUGAACAUCAUUGACAUUGUGGCCAUCAUUCCCUACUUCAUCACGCUGGGCACCGAGCUGGCCGAGCGGCAAGGCAACGGCCAGCAAGCCAUGUCCUUGGCCAUCCUCAGAGUCCUCCGGCUGGUCAGGGUCUUCCGCAUCUUCAAGCUCUCCCGGCACUCCAAGGGGCUGCAGAUCCUGGGGCAGACCCUCAAGGCCAGCAUGCGGGAGCUGGGCCUGCUCAUCUUCUUCCUCUUCAUCGGCGUCAUCCUCUUCUCCAACCCCGCGGGGGUGCUGACCAUCGCCCUGCCCGUCCCCGUCAUCGUCUCCAACUUCAACUACUUCUACCACCGGGAGACAGAAGGUGAGGAGCAAGCCCAGUACAUGCACGUGGGGAGCUGCCAGCACCUCUCGUCCAGCGAGGAGAUGAGGAAGGCUCGCAGCAAUUCCACCCUCAGCAAGUCCGAGUACAUGGUGAUCGAGGAAGGGGGGAUCAACCACAGUGCAUUCAAACAGGCUGCCUUUAAGACAGGCAACUGCACAACCACAAACAAUCCCAACUGUGUGAACAUCAAAAAGAUCUUUACGGAUGUUUAA